GGGGAAACGGGAAUAGUGAGAGAUCAAAAAUAAACCUCUUAUGUCAAAGCCGGGAAGCAAGUAUAAAUACGAAGAGCUCUGCAGCCCACUCGGUGCUUCCCGGGGUGGGGAGGAGGCAGGAGGCGGCUGCGCGGGGACGACGUGCGGGGCAGGGGCGGAGGACGGGCGCACGCGGCCCGGGGCGCCAGUUUGCUCGCGCUCUGCUCGGCGGGCGGGCGCGGGAGGAGCGGCCUGCGCCAGCCAGAGGGGCCGCUCGGGGACUGCCGUCGCCGCCGCCAGGCCCCCGCUGGCCCAGUCGGCCAGCGAGCUGAUUGAUUUGCUUUUUCCUGGAGAGAGCGGCCGGGCUGCGCUCGCGCCGCCAGCACCUGCCCGCGCCGGGCCGCCUUCUUCCCACUCCUGCGCCGCUGCCGGAGCCCCCAUGCCCCGCGCCGCCCCCCGGUGGCCGCCGCUCCUGCUGCUGCUGCUGCUGCCGCCGCCGCCGCCGCUGGCCCGCGGCGCCCCGGCCCGGCCCGGCGCCCGGGGGCAGGCCUCGGAGCUGGUGGAGCCCACGCGGUUGCCGGGCAGCGCGGGCGAGCUCACGUUCCACCUGUCCGCCUUCGGCAAGGGCUUCGUGCUGCGCCUGGCGCCGGACGCCAGCUUCCUAGCGCCCAAUUUCAAGAUCGAGCGCCUCGGGGGCUCCGGCGGGGCGGCCGGGGGCGAGCGGGAGCUGCGCGACUGCUUCUUCUCCGGCACGGUGAAUGGGGAGCCCGAGUCGCUGGCGGCCGUCAGCCUGUGCCGUGGGCUGAGCGGCUCUUUCCUGCUGGACGGCGAGGAGUUCACCAUCCAGCCUCAGGGCGCGGGGGGCUCCCUGCACCAGCCUCACCGCCUGCAGCGCUGGGGGCCCGGGCCGCGCCGCGGGACCCCCGGGCUCGCCGCCGCCGCCUCUGAAGCCCACCCCCUCCCUGGAGGACCCGAGUGGGAGGUGAAGGGAGAGGGUCAGAGGCAGGAGAAAGGAGACGAGGAGCAGGAGAAGGAAGAGGAGGAGGAGGAGGAGGAGGAGGAGGAAACGGAGGAGGAGGAGGAGGAGGGCAAAGAGGAUGCAGAAGGCGCCAGCGAGCAGCCACCACCCCUGGGGGCCACGAGUCGGACCAAGCGUUUUGUGUCUGAGGCUCGCUUCGUGGAAACGCUGCUGGUGGCCGAUGCGUCCAUGGCUGCCUUCUAUGGAGCCGACCUGCAGAACCACGUCCUGACGCUAAUGUCUGUGGCAGCCCGAAUCUACAAGCACCCCAGCAUUAGAAACUCCAUCAACCUGAUGGUGGUAAAAGUGCUGAUCGUGGAAGAUGAAAAGUGGGGCCCAGAAGUGUCUGACAACGGUGGCCUUACCCUGCGUAACUUCUGCAACUGGCAGCGGCGUUUCAACCAGCCCAGCGACCGGCACCCGGAACACUUUGACACAGCCAUUCUGCUCACCAGACAGAACUUCUGUGGGAAGGAGGGGAUGUGUGACACCCUGGGUGUGGCAGACAUUGGCACAAUCUGUGACCCUAACAAGAGCUGCUCCGUGAUCGAGGAUGAGGGGCUCCAGGCAGCCUACACUCUGGCCCACGAGCUAGGGCACGUCCUCAGCAUGCCCCACGACGACUCCAAGACCUGUGCACGGCUCUUUGGGCCCAUGGGCAAACACCACAUGAUGGCACCCCUCUUCGUCCACCUAAACAAGACACUGCCCUGGUCUCCCUGCAGUGCCAUGUACCUCACGGAGCUCCUGGACGGCGGGCAUGGAGACUGUCUCCUGGAUGCUCCCACUUCAGCCCUGCCCCUCCCGACAGACCUCCCAGGCCGCAGGGCCCUGUAUGAGCUGGACCAACAGUGCAAGCAGAUCUUUGGGCUGGGUUUCCGCCACUGCCCCAACACCUCUGCACAGGACAUCUGCGCCCAGCUGUGGUGCCACAUGGAUGGUGCUGAGCCCCUUUGCCACACGAAGAACGGCAGCCUGCCAUGGGCUGAUGGAACGCCCUGUGGGCCUGGGCACCUCUGCUGGGAUGGCAGCUGUCUGCCUGAGGAGGAAGUGGACAGGCCCAAGGCUGUAGUGGAUGGAGGCUGGGCCCCAUGGGGACCCUGGGGAGAAUGUUCCCGGACCUGUGGAGGAGGAGUACAGUUUUCACAUCGUGAAUGCAAGGACCCUGAGCCUCAGAAUGGAGGAAGAUACUGCCUGGGUCGGAGAGCUAAGUAUCAGUCCUGCCACACAGAGGAAUGCCCCCCUGAUGGGAAAAGCUUCAGAGAGCAGCAGUGUGAGAAGUACAAUGCCUACAAUUACACGGACAUGGAUGGGAACCUCCUACAGUGGGUCCCCAAGUACGCAGGGGUGUCCCCCCGGGACCGCUGCAAGUUAUUCUGCCGAGCCCGGGGAAGGAGUGAGUUCAAAGUGUUUGAGGCCAAGGUGAUCGAUGGCACCCUCUGUGGGCCUGAGACUCUGGCCAUCUGUGUCCGUGGCCAGUGCGUCAAGGCUGGCUGUGACCAUGUAGUGGACUCACCUAGGAAGUUGGACAAAUGUGGUGUGUGUGGGGGCAAAGGCAAUUCCUGCAGGAAGGUGUCUGGUUCCCUCAACCCCUCCAGUUACGGCUAUAAUGACAUUGUCACCAUCCCAGCUGGUGCCACUAACAUUGAUGUGAAACAGCGGAGCCAUCCAGGGGUCCAGAACGAUGGCAACUACCUGGCAUUGAAGACUGCCGAUGGGCAGUACCUGCUCAAUGGAAACCUGGCCAUCUCUGCCAUAGAACAGGACAUCUUGGUGAAGGGGACCAUCCUUAAAUAUAGUGGUUCUAUUGCCACCCUGGAACGGCUGCAGAGCUUCCGGCCCCUGCCUGAGCCUCUGACCGUGCAGCUCCUGACUGUCCCUGGUGAGGUCUUUCCCCCCAAAGUCAAAUAUACCUUCUUUGUUCCUAAUGACGUGAACUUCAGCAUACAGAACAGUAAAGAGAGAGCAACCACCAACAUCAUUCAGCCCCUGCUCAACGCGCAGUGGGUGCUAGGGGACUGGUCUGAAUGCUCCAGCAGCUGUGGAGCUGGCCGGCAACGGCGGACUGUGGAGUGUCGGGACCCCCACGGCCAGGCCUCCGCCACCUGCAACGAGGCCCUGAAACCUGAGGAUGUCAAGCCCUGUGGAAGCCAGCCGUGCCCACUGUGAUCCAGCGGGGUGAGGCCAGUCUCGUGUUCAUGGACUUGGGGUGCUGGAGUGCAGACAAAGGUACCCACUGUGGCAACCCUACCUAUGGAGGUGGCGUGGCCUACCCAGGCCUGCCAUUGCCAUGGCCACUCCAAUUCGGCAUGAAUUCACAAUGCGGAGAAGAGAACGGGGACAACAGAUCCUAAAGUCUACUAUCUGGUGGGUUGAACCUAGUAUGGGUUCAGGUAGAGGACAUAGGUUAAAAGGUAAAAAAAAAAAAAAAAAAAAAAAAAAAAAAAAAAGCACUUAUUGACCCAAACAGGAGACUCAGCCUGUUUGCAAAGGACUAGUAGAGUUAAAUGAAAAAAAGUUUUUCCUAUUUGGUUUCCCUGAUAAAUAAUCUACCUCAGGGGGAAAAAAUUAGUAAAACAGAGACUCGGAGUAUGGGGUUGAUGGCUAAUGUCAAAGCUCCACAGCUGCGCCCCCGAGCCACCUUCAGAAAUGACCUUGACUGUCUUCAGUAUUAAAAUCCAUUGCCUAAAGGGCUGCAGAUGCAGGACUGUGGAGAGCCGUGCAGGGUCUCAGGCUGCACCUGCAGGGGCGGGUCCAUUUCAAGUAUUUAUGCAAAUGUGUCUCUGAACUAAAGUGUGAUCUUGUGCCAA